UCAGUCAAAGAUGGCGUCGGCUCUGGAGCCUCUGGUCUCUGGCUGCAUUUUUAGGCUUGUUGUUGUCUCCGAUUCGAACGGUUUUGGCACCUUCUCCGCGGCGUCUCGACACGAAAUUCCGGGUGUGUCAGCUACUGAAGUGCAAUAGGCAUGAAGGUGAUCAGCCCUGGCUGCUCCCUGGGGUGAGAUAUCUGUUCCAUCCCAGAGCCGAGAAGCCCAGACUGCUGGAAUAGAGAAAGACGGCAAGAGAGAAAGCGUGAAGAAGGGGGAACGAGGGCGCAAAAAAGAUCCUCGUCCUGUGGAGUUAGCUGUAUUUCGUAGAAAACAUUUUUUCCCUCCACUGCCCCAACCUUUAUCACCUGAAACACUAAGUUCAUCUCUGAAAGACCAUGAUCAUGAUGAUUUUUCACAACUUGUAUUGAGAGCUGGUUAGUUUGCUGUUGACAGAAAACUGACUCAACAGGUUUUAUUGUGCUUGUCGUGGUAUUUAGCGACCGUAGAAAGUGGAAACACCUUAUUUGUGUGAAAGCCCCUCUCAAAGUGUGUGCGGUGACAGUUCCAGCAGCCAAUAGACCUGCUACUCCAACCCAGUCCCCCUGCUCUCCCCCAGGCGACUACACCCUGCCUGGAGUGGGUGGUGGGUGGCUCAGCUUUUACUGGGUGGGGGGGGGUUGGCUCAGGGGGUUUAUGCUAUGGUCAGCUGCUCUCUACCGUGCUUCUCAUACUCGGGUUCUGAGGGACUCUCUGUGCGGCCCCAGGACAAAGGAUAGUCAGCAGGUAGAGGGCUAAAAGGAGGAGGCGAAAAAGGAGGAGGAGGUGGCGUUAGGGCGCAGGCUGGGUCUUUCCUUGGCCUACGGUCCCUGUUUUUUGUGUGUGGUCGUCGCGGUCAGGCCCCAGGGCCCCCGCACCCACCCAGACCACAGCCAUGGUGAAGUUGGCCAACCCAAUGUACACCCAGUGGAUUCUAGAGGCCAUCAAGAAGGUGAAGAAACAGAAGCAGCGACCGUCAGAGGAGCGCAUCAGCAAUGCUGUGUCCAUGUCCCAUGGCCUGGACCGCAAGACGGUGCUGGAGCAGCUGGAGCUCAGUGUCAAGGAUGGCACCAUCCUUAAGGUCUCCAAUAAGGGCCUCAACUCCUACAAGGACCCUGACAACCCCGGGCGCCUGGCUCUGCCCAAGCCCCGUGGUGGUGGCAGCUCUGGAGGAGGCGGAGGAGGAGGGAGCAGUGGCAGUGGCAGUGGGAGCUCCCACUCCCAUUCGGGGAAGAAACCGGGACUUGACUGGAACAAGCUGAUCAAGCGCUCGCUGGAGGGUCUCCAUGAGGCCGGUGGCUCCACCCUUAAGAGCAUUGAGCGCUUCCUCAAGUGCCAGGCUGACGUGGCAGCCUACCUGUCGGGCAGCGGCUCCAUGGGGCCUGGCCUCUUCCACCAGCAGCUGAGGGUGGCCCUGAAGAGAGCGGUGGCCCACGGCCGCGUUGCCAAGCAGGGCCCGCUCUUUCGCCUCGUCAGCCGCAGCAGCUCCCAGGAUGACGGGACAGGAACAGUGUCUCUCGAAUCGCUACCACCCGUCCGCCUGCUGCCGCAUGAGAAAGACAAGCCGGUGGCAGAGCCCAUCCCCAUCUGCAGCUUCUGUCUGGGGACCAAGGAGCAGAAUCGCGACAAGAAGCCAGAGGAGCUCAUCUCCUGUGCCGACUGUGGCAACAGCGGCCACCCGUCCUGUCUCAAGUUCUCCCCGGAGCUCACGGUGCGAGUCAAGGCGCUGUGGUGGCAGUGCAUCGAAUGCAAGACCUGCAGCAGCUGUCAGGAUCAAGGCAAGAAUGCGGAGAACAUGUUGUUUUGUGACUCUUGUGACCGGGGCUUCCACAUGGAGUGCUGUGACCCUCCACUCACGCGGAUGCCAAAAGGUAUGUGGAUCUGUCAGAUCUGCCAGCCCAGGAAAAAGGGAAAGAAGCUCUUACAUGAAAAGGCAGCACAAAUCAAACGGCGCUACAACGCACCACUGGGACGGCCCAAGAACAGGCCGGGGCGGCCCUUCAAGAAGCUGGGUGGGCGCGGUCGGCGGAAGCGCUCUGCCUCCCCCAACUCCUCCUCUAGUUCCUCCUGCGAAGGUUACCCUGGCGACGACCGGCUGCUGUUCUCGCUGCGGGAGGACGAUGACCCAACGCAGAGCGGUCUCCGCUUCAACAAGAAGACCAAGGGCCUGAUUGAUGCCCUCACCAAGUUCUUCACACCGUCACCUGAGGGCCGCAAGGCACGCCAGGAGGUGGUGGACUAUUCACAGCAGUGCCGCAUCCGCAAGAAGGCCAAUCGCAAGGGUGACGGAGAUGACAGGACGGACAAUCAGGAGGGCAGCGACUGGCGUGACGAUGACGACAAACUGCCAGGCCAUGAGAACCUGACGGAGAAAGACAUUGAACUGUUCAGACACAUCCAGGAGCUGGCACUACAGAAAGUUGGGGUGACGGGCCCACCAGACCCUCAGAUGCGCUGUCCGUCUGUCAUCGAGUUUGGCAAGUACGAGAUCCAGACUUGGUAUUCGUCUCCAUACCCACAGGAGUACAGCAGACUACCCAAGCUCUACCUGUGUGAGUUCUGCCUUCGCUACAUGAAGAGUCGCAGCAUCCUCUACCAACACAUGAGGAAGUGCAGCUGGUUCCACCCCCCAGCCAACGAGAUCUACAGGAAGGACGACGUGUCUGUGUUUGAGGUUGAUGGCAAUGUGAGCACAAUCUACUGUCAGAACCUGUGUCUGCUGGCCAAGCUGUUUCUGGACCACAAGACCCUGUACUACGAUGUGGAGCCCUUCCUUUUCUACGUCCUCACCCAGAACGACAACAAAGGCUGCCACCUCGUCGGCUACUUCUCCAAGGAGAAACACUGCCAGCAGAAAUACAAUGUGUCAUGCAUCAUGAUUCUUCCACAGUACCAGCGCAAGGGCUACGGACGCUUCCUCAUCGACUUCAGCUACCUUUUGUCCAAGCGUGAGGGCCAGCCAGGCUCUCCAGAGAAACCGCUGUCGGACCUGGGUCGCCUGUCCUACAUGGCCUACUGGCGCAGCGUGGUGCUGGAGUGUCUCCACGAGGUCCGCGACCGGCAGCUCACCAUCCGCCACCUCAGCAAGCUGACCGGCAUCUGCCCACAGGACAUCACUGCCACCCUGCACCACCUCAACAUGUUAGAGCAGCGAGGAGACAGGCUGGUGCUGGUGCGGAGGGAGAAGCUGGUGACCAGCCACAUGGCUCGUCUCCAUGCCCGGCCCCGGCAACUGGAAGUCGACCCCGAGUGUCUCCGUUGGACCCCUGUCAUUGUCACCAACACUGUUGUCUCUGACGCUGAAGGAGACGAUGAUGAUGAAGAAGAUGAGGAUGAAGACCCACAGGAAGACAGCCGCAAGGAGAUCAAACCAAGUCACAAGGUCUCGCCACUCUCCUGGCACAUGCGCCAAGGGAGGGAGAGGGAGAGGGAGAGGGAGGAAGAGGAGGAAGAAGAGAGAAAGUGCUUUCCAGGGUUUCCCAUUAGCCAAAGCUCUCCUACCUCACCCAUUCGCUGUCCGCCACCUGUUCCAGAACCCCGCCCUCUUCCCCCAACCAAUGGAGAGCGCAGGCCACGGGGACGCCCACCCAAAAAUUGGCCUUGGGGCAAGGUGAAGGACCCCCCUCGUGUGGGACGGCCACCCAAGAACCGCCUGACAGAGGAGGAUGAUGAUGAUGAAGAAGAGGACAGGGCCGAGGGUGGGAAAACCACAGGUUCUGCUGGCAGCCCCCCUUCCCUUUUCUCCUUGGACAGACAAGCUGAGCCCACCGCACUCCACCCCCUGGACAUGGCCAGGCACCCUUCCAUAACCCCGCCACGCAGAGGACGCCCCCCCAGGAAAAAGAGAGGGCCUAAGCCUAGGCUGAGGGAGGGGCCCGGGGAGGGACUGGCUCAGCUGCCCUUGGGUUCCAGGUUGACUGAGCCUCCACCUGUUAGGAAAAGCUGCUUCAGUGAAAGCAGUGAAGAAGAGGAGGAUGACGAUGACGAUGAUGAUGAGGAGAGGAGGGCAUGUUCCCCACCCAUCCUCACCAAGCCUGCCAUGGGGCUCAAAUGCAAGAAGCCUUUGAGGAAACGUCGUAUUCGCCAGCGCAGCCACCCUCACAGCAGCGUGGUGACAGAGACCAUCUCUGAGACCACUGAGGUCUUGGAUGAGCCCUUUGUAGACUCAGACUCAGAGAGGCCUAUGCCUAGGCUGGAGGAAGAAACACCUCUGGGUCACCCGCUGCGCCGCUAUCCCACGGCCCGCUCUGCCAUGAGGCUGUCAGACCCAGCUCCCAAAAGGGGCCGGCGCUCCAACUUCACUGAGUCAGACGAAGACGAACUAACUCCUCUACUGAAACCUGUGGCUGCGCUGCCAGCAACUCCCUCUGAGACCCUAGCAGCCAACCCUGAAGUUCCUGUCAAGAAGAAGAAAGGUUGGCCCAAAGGCAAGAGUCGCAAACCACUGCACUGGAAGAAACGGGGACCUGGAAGGCCACCAGGCAGUGGGCCAAACCAACGGGCAGCCGCAGAAAACCAGGCUCAGACUGGGGACCCUCCGCCCCCCAAAAUCAAGAUGAAACCUGGCCGCAAGCCCCGGAGUUGGUACCUGCAGCGAGCCCAGGAGGAGGCUGAGAGGCAGGAGCAGGAGAGACAAAGACUGCUGGAGCAGCAACUAGACAAAGAUCCUCAGCAGCCCCUGAUGGAUGACCGUGGCAGCAAGCGAGGUUGCAGAACCAGCACUGACAAUAACAGCAAACAGAAAGACUCUGACGAAGAAGACGACUACCUGCCCAAGCCUGUGGAGCAGAAAAUUCCCAAGAGGCGAGGGAGACCACCCAAGAACCCUGCUCUCCGCCAGCAGCCUCAGCCUGCUCCCAAACCACCUCCCGCCUCUGAGCCAGAAGAGGAAGAGGAAGAGGAGACUGAAAGAGCUUGGGAAGAAGACAAACCCAGUCGUCCACCUUCGCGCCCCCUGCUGUCCCCUUCCUCUUCCUCUUCCACCUCGGGACCCCGGGCCUCCCAGUCCCGGCCCCAGGACACAGAUGUAGGUGACAGGGACGAGGAAGACGAUGACGAGGAGAGAGAGGAAGAGGAGUGUGGCAGCUUGGGCAGCGGUGGCAGCAGCAGUAGACGGGCACCUGCCAUGCCAGGUUCAGGAAGCAGACGCAGCGAGGACCAUGAUGCAGAUGAUGAGGGUGAUGGCCACUUAGAGGACAAGAGCAGCAGCAACAGCAGUAAGAAGAGGAAAAGCCAAGACUCAGAAGAUGAGGAGGACGAUGAAGAUGAGGAGGAGGAGCCGGCCUCUCACACCAGCUCUCCUCCUGUCAAAGAGGAACCCCAAGGUGAAGCUUUUUUAGACAUGCAGAACAGCGUAGCCCGGGACUACGUAAGCAAGGAGGAGGAGGAAGAGGAGGAGGAGGAGGCUGAGGAGGAGCUGCAGGAGGCCAAGUGUCGGCCCUCCUCAGCUGACCCACAGCAGGAGGAACGGAGGCGGAGGGAGCAGGAGGAAUCUGCUGCGGCAGCUGCUGCAGUGGAAACGGUUACAGCCAUCUCUGUUCCCUCUGAGCCCAUGGAGCUGCAGCCCCUGCACCCGGAAGACAAGGCUGUCACGCUGCUAAUGGAGCCCCAGCACCCCCAUCCACACUCCCAUCCCCACCAACACCCUGACUUCAAAGAGGAGCUGGGACACCACCACCCCCACCACCCCCAUCAUCACUCCAAUGAACUGGACCUGGAGACUGUGCAGGCCGUCCAGUCUUUGACACAGGGGGAAGCCCAGGAUGAAGAGGCUGAGCCCCACCCGCACCAUGGGGCCUACCAGGACUGUGAGGAGGAGACCCUGGCUGCCUGCCGUACCCUGCAGAGCUACAGCCACACAGGGGAGACCGAGGAGGAGGCCCUGGCAUUGGUGGAGGAGUGCGGGGCCUCCCAGCAUAGCAGCCCUCUCCCCAACCCCACCAUGCCUCCCCUACCCAGCCAGUCCGUACGCUCGGUUAAUAGCCCAGGGCUGCCCCCUGGCAUGAUGGACACAACACCUGCAGGGCAGAGAGGGGGGACACCUGGUCCCACUGGAGCAGGGGGCAGUGCAGGAAGUGCAGGGGGCGGAGGUGGGUACACCCAGAUUACGCCAGAGCACCCCAGUUCUCUGUCUGCGCCCUCCCAGCAGAACAUGGAGACAUCACCAAUGAUGGAUGUGCCAUCGGUGUCUGACCACUCUCAGCAAGUUGUGGACAGCGGCUUCAGUGACCUGGGCAGCAUAGAGAGCACUACAGAGAACUAUGAUAACCCCAGCAGCUACGACUCCACCAUGGGCGGAGGGGGCAAUGGAACAGGUAAUGGAGGGAAUGGCGGGGGCAUGUCUGCAGCUGUUGUUGCGGGGGCUGCUGUAGCCUCUUCAUCAGCAGCCUCCUCUUCAUCCAGCUCGGCCACACCGUCCUCGUCCUCAUCCCAGGCUAACAGCUGCUCUUUUGUCUCAGCCCCCGGCCACACAUCCUCUGCGGGUGCUGUGGGAUCCCAGCUCUCCAUGGGCAGCUGUAGUCUCAUCCAACAAACAGGACCUGGGCCCAACAGUGGACCAGGGGCCAGUAAUGGAGGCAGCACUGUGCCCCAGCCCCCACCACCACCACCCCCGUCCAACACACCCAGCUGUGGCAUCAAAUCACCCCAGAGCUGUGGGGUGAUCGAGAGGCCGCCCAGCACCAACCAGCAGCAACAGCAGCAGCAGCCCCAAAAGAAGGUUCCCCAGCAACCACCUCAGCAGCAGCAGGCCCCCAACUCCCAGCCUCCACCCUCUGCACCACCACCUCCACCCCAGCAACAGCAGCAGGCCCUUUCCCAGUGCAGCAUGGGCAACGGCUUUGCCUCCACACCCAUGAUCAUGGAGAUCCCUGAAAGCGGAGGGGGAGGAGGGGGCCGCAGCCUGUAUGAGCGCAUGGGUCAGGACUUUGGCACUGGGGGUUACCCCCAGCCCUCCGCAACCUUCAGCCUGGCCAAACUUCAACAGCUCACCAACACCAUCAUGGACCCCCAUGCCAUGCCCUACUCCCACUCAGCCUCAGUCACCUCUUAUGCCACCAGUGUGUCUCUGUCCAACCCUGGGCUGGCCCAGCUGGCCCCUUCACCUCACCCACCCCUCCCUCAGGGCCAGCCCACGAUGACUCCUCCCCCCAACCUGAGCUCUGGCUCUAUGAACCUGGGCUCCCUGCAGCUGCAAUGUAACAUGCCCACCACCAACAUCGGCCUGCCUCCCCCACCACACACCCAGCGGCUGCAGGGCCAGAUGGCCACGGUGAAAGGCCACAUUUCCAUCCGGUCCAAAGCCACCCAGCAGUUGGCUCCGGCCCCACACCAGCAGCAGCUGUAUGGCCGCAGCUCGGGGGCCGUGGCCAUGCAGGGCACACCACGCACCCUGGCUGUGCAGCGUGGUAUGAUGCCCAACCUCAUGCCCACGCCGGCCGCAUAUAACUCCAUGAACAUGACCCCACUCAAUGCUAUGUCGGCUGGCUAUCGCAUGCCUCAACCCAUGAUGAACAGCGGUUAUCACGGCAACCCCCCUUACAUGAACCAGCCGGCCCAGUACCCCAUGCAGAUGCAGAUGGGCAUGAUGGGAGGACAGGGUUACCCUCAGCAGCCUAUGCAGCCCAAUCACCACGGCAACAUGAUGUACACCGGCCCCUCCCACCACAGUUAUGCCGGCGUCCCCAAACAGUCGCCUUACAUGAGCAGAUGAGCAGCAGAGAACUAAACAGGAAGGCACGGGGCCAGAGCUGACACUCGCUGUACUCUAAAUGUCCAUUACUCCUAUUCACCCUCUCCAACGCCACAGCAGGCACGAGAGAGAGGAGAGAGAGGGUCUUUGGGUUUCCUGUUUUUCUGUUGUCAUUUCGUCCUAUUUAGUUGGACUCGUUUCCCCUCCCCUCCCAGCUGGCUGUGUAUGGGAGUAAGCCGGCGGGACCCGGGGUGGGGGGUGGAGGUGUACAUGGACCUCGGCCAUGCCAUGCUGUUCCAGGCCAGGCCUACACACUCCUCUCUGACAUGGUUUCACACAGGCCCAAGUGAGUCCUCUGCCUCUGACAUGCAGCAGGAGAGUAGGGGAGGACGAGUAUUACUAGGAGGAAAAUGAACCGAAAAAGACGGACUAUACGGGAGGACCUUACUUUGUCAAACUGCGAAAGGAUAAAAAACAAUGGUUAACUGAUUAUAUUCAACCAUGCACACAAUCUUUUAAUUGACAUAGGAAGCCUUACCUUAUAAAAGAGACAAUGAAACAUUGUAGGUGGACUUUUUUUUGUUUGUUUGUUUUUGUUUUGUUUUGUUUUGUUUUGUUACACAUGAUGAAUCUUUUUUUUUUUUUUUUUUUUUUUUCUUGUUUCUGUUGACUGUUUUGAAAUACUUGUGUGCAGUCCGACCUCUUAUAUGCUUUGGUCUUUAUAUGUGUGGCAAUCUGGAAUGGUGAUUCACCCUCUUGCUCUCUCAGAAGUACACAUCUCCGUCGCCACUCGGUCAGAAGGCUUUUUACCUUGUUCUAGAUAAGCAUAGGAGCCGGGCCUUCAGUGUUUGAGGAGCUGAACUGUUUCCAGAGUCUCUGUCUUCCCGGUUGGUCGGUGUUUUAUUGGAAACACAGUGAAGAAAUAGAGGAGAUGGACGUGUCACUGUCAAUAUAGUAUGUCCAUAAAUAAAACAAGUAGCAUUUUUUUUCCAGUAUGUUGCCGCUCGGAAACGUUUAGAUGUAAAUAUUCUGGUACUUCCCAAUGUCCAGCAGCACACACGUACUGGCUAGCUGUCGCCUCCCGGUGGCUGGCUCAGGAAAGUGCAACAAUCAACUGUUCUUGUCCACACUCCACUGACAGACGGUAUACAAUGUCAGCCUUUUUAGCAGUUUAGGGAAAGCAGAAUGAAAGGUGGAAUAAAGUCAGCUAACCAUAGCUGACCCCCUUCCUCCUUUAUUAAAUGGCCUAAAGAGGUCAAGGAGUCUGCUUUUUGAACGGUGUUUUCUGUUAAAACUGGGAUUUUCUUUUUCUGUAAAAGUGCACUCCCAUUCAUUGGCUAGAGAUACGGUAAAGGACAGUAAGCCUUCAUGAAAGGUGUGCCUAAAUGCCUGAUCUAGUGCAUGGUGUUGGCCCUCACAGAGGCACACUCAUAAAGAUGCAGGGUUAAUUAUGGCGUUGAAAAAUGGCAGGUUGAAGAGGUUCACCCUGUUGCUCCGUGUACCAGUAUUCAAAGUCAAAAGAGGAUUUUUUUUUGUUUUUGUUUUUUUCUCACAGACCUGACAUUACAUAUUUUAUUUGUGUGUAUUAUGUUCUGUACCCUUUGGUUUGUUUCUUUCUGAAUUUUAUCAGACUGGGCAGCUUUCUUUUAUGACACAAGCUGACUCUUUUUGACUUAAGAAAACCUAUUGUAGAGAAAAUGUUUUUUCUAUAAUAUAAAAAGGAAAUUCUGACAUUGAUAUUGGUACUGUCAUUUUUUUCACUUCUGUUUCAGGAAAAAAAAAAACUACAUAUUUUUUAGCUUGACUCUUGGGUAAUAAUUACUAAGAAAUUCAAAACUAAAAAAAAUUACCACUCACUUUUAGUGACUUUAAGAUGCCUUUAACCUCUCCAUUCCAUCUCAUCUCUAGAGUUUUUCUAUCUUUGUGUAGUAUAUUAAUGCUAUUUUAAACAAAAGGACAAAACAAAUAUCUAAAGGUCACUUAGCAUUCUGUUCUUUAUUUCUUUUUCUUUUUUCUUUUCUUUUUUUUUACUUUCUGUGUGUGUAUAGGAUGACUUCCUUACAUUUAAGAGGCAUGUAAAAAUGAGCUCAGUAUAUUUCUGUCUGUUUAUAUCGCUUCCCUUUUUGUAUCCUUUGUAAUUGUACAUGGUGCGUUGUAUGCUAAGAGAGCGCAAAAUAAAGAGAAGCGACGGCUGGGCGCACAGUGAAGGUUGAUUUGCGCUUGGCGGCCUCGACUCUCUACUUUGUCCUGUAUGUAUUUCCAUUUAUUCGUUUUUUUUGUUUGUUUGUUUGUUUUGUUUUUUGUUUUUUUCUUUAUUAGCAAGUACUUUCAAAGAACUCUGUACAUUUUAACAUAAAACAAAUAAAUUAUGUUGAGCCAU